AUGCGACAUGCUGAUGAGCCUCUCAGGAUGGUGCUGCUUGGGAAGACUGGUAAUGGGAAGAGUGCAGCUGGAAACACCAUUUUAGGAGAAGAACUUUUUAAAUCCAGAGCCAGCCAGAGGUCUGUGACCAAGAGUUGCCAGAAAGCAUCAGGAGAGAUUGAUGGACGGUCUGUUGCUGUGGUCGACACCCCCGGCUUGUUUGAUACAACUCUCUCUGAGGAUGAAAUCCAUCAGGAGAUUGUGAAUUGUAUCACCAUGUUGUCUCCUGGACCUCAUGUGUUCUUACUGGUGCUGCAGAUCGGCCGAUUUACACAAGAGGAAGAAGUCACAGUAGAACUGAUCAAGAAGUACUUCGGCCAAAAGUCUAAAGAUUUUACCAUCGUUCUGUUCACCAGAGGAGAUAACCUGAACAAUCAGUCAGUUGAAAGUUACAUAGAAGAAGAGUGUGUUGACUUUGUUAAACACCUGAUGGAAGAGUGUGGAGGGAGAUACCACGUCUUCAAUAACAAAGACAAAACAAACCACACACAAGUCAGUCAGCUGUUCUCCAAGAUUGAAACAAUGCUGCAGAAAACUGGUGACAGCUGCUACAACGCUGAGUUGUUCCGAUUCUCAAAGGAAGAAAUACGAAAGAAAAUGGGAAACAUGAUGAGAGAGAAUCACAGAAAAGAAGAGUGUCUGGAGGAGGACCUGCCUGAGGAGAAGGGGGAGGGGCCUAGCUUGAUCAGGAGCUUCUGUACAGUGUAG